UCAAUCUCGGCGGCCAAAAUGGAGAACAUGUUCAUGGUUGUCCAUUGAUACAUGACGGAAAGUGUAAUAACUGGAGUCUUCAGGUGAAAAUAUCAACAUUGCAGGUGUUUAUCAGUCAAAGAGAUGGAUAUAGAUGAACAAUUGCGAGCCCAGAGCAAAGUGCUGCUGCAGCGCUUGAAGGCAAGACAAGGCAAACUUCAGAACAUUGUCCACUGCCAGUCAAAUGAAGAUACAAUCUCCAAGGAAAACAAUUCAGAAAAAAUAGUCAAAAGCAUUAUUCCACAGAAGUCUAGUGCACACAAGUGUUCUUCUAAUGAAGCAGAGUUAGAUGUAUCCACUACAGCAGUAAAGAGACCAAAUAGCGGUCAACCUCGCGCUCGGCAGCAGUUAGCAAAAGCCAGGCAAAAUAGCAGGAAGAAAUCGGAUGGGGAUAAACCACAAAAAGUCUCCCAAGGUGUGCUUACAGGCUCAAAUAAUUUCAAUACACACAACCAGAAACUAGAUGUUGGGGACAAAGACAUCCAUGAAGAGGGUGAAAAUAGUGUUACCACACCAAAAGUGAUUGAUGAUGAAGACCGGCUCUGUGGUCAGUUGUCAAAUUUGAGGUCAGAUGUCGUUAGGUCAAGGAACACAGAAAGAGAUACAGAUGCAAAAGAACGCAGGAAAAUAAUAGACAAAAAUGUGAAAGUAGAUUCUCAAUUAAAUGAAAGCGAGUUAUGUAGGGAAGAUGACAAAUCAAGGUUGAACUUCAGUUACUCUAAAUUUGACGAAAGUGAUAUAAAUUAUCUGAGAUCUAAGUUUGGUAGCCGUCCAGAAGACAUUGAUAUAGACAAAGUAGAGGACAAAGCUACAGAAGAGAACAACAACGCUGCUGACCACAACACAAUGUUACAGUCGGCAGGAAACGACAGGAAGACAGCAAACUUCAUCCGUGACACCAUGAGCAAACCAAAAUCAAUUCUUUUCUCAUCUGGACCAAAGGAUCUGAAAAAGUCCCUCAGUAAGGUGAGCUUUCUGUCGUCGCGGGACGGAAGUAUGAGUGUCCCCGAUAUGGAUCGCCACCUCCUUGGUUACGACUGGAUUGCUGCGUUGCUAGACAACGAUCGUGGAGCUAUGGACCAUUCCGAGUCCUACUUUGAAGAACUGAGAGAAUUUCGACGAAUCAACAGAGAUGAAUGCAUCAACAACUUCUACAUGGAUGGUGUGGAUGAACUCCUAGCCAACAGAGACCGUGAGGCGUCCCCCGUGGCUGAGGCCUUGGAGGUAACAAGAGAAAGGCGCAAAACUGUCCCUAAGGUGAAACCAUACACAGUCAAUGAUAGGCUGUUCACAGAGCCCCUAAAACAGCAAGUGUUCGACUACUCGACCAACGAUGACAAGGAACACAAGAAAACAAAACCUCCUACAUUUGAGGAGCCGAGAUUUGUCAGGGUGAGCAUACCGAGGUCUACCCUGCUGUCUCCUCAUCGUGUUAAACCACACCGCAGAAAGAGCAUUGACGACACUGAUUCCUUCUCUUUAUCUACGCAUUGUGUGAAGGGUUAUGAGAACGCUGUGCCCUCCAUGGUCCCGGCCGCCUCCAAUGUGGGUCUUCGAGAUGCAACCUAUGGUACAAGAUCUGCGAUUCAGACGACGUUGGCGGAUGCUGAGAAGGUUGCAGCCAGUUUUCCUUAUCCCUGGACAUCUUCUGCCACGGACAGGAUCCGCCAGCCUCACUCUGACCACACAGACCUUUACAAGUCAUACCAGGACAUGACCUUGCCCUCACGUCUCCAAACCAGCACUGGAGGAACGGGAGAGGAAUCAGUGGCCCUCAAACAGGCCACAGAAGACCUUCUGAACUCCACUUAUUCACUUAUGUUCGAGAUGGAAAAGAUCAAGAAACAGAGAGAUGGACACAGUACUCGUCAGAUAGGAAAUGUGGCUUACUAAUCCUAGGAUUAUGCUAUCAUUUUAGACUUGGGUGCUUUAAUUGUCAUUGGUUUUGGGGGCAAUAAGUAGAAUCUUGUGCUGAUUUUGCACUACUUUUGAUAAUUUUCUAUUUUUUUCCUAUCAAAUUUUUGCUCAUUCUCAUAUUCUGAAGCAGAUUUUUUACAGUUCACAUCAAUAUCCAAGUAGACAGGAUUAUCUCGUAACAAUACAAUAUAACACUCACUAACGUCACAUAACAACCUAUUUCUAAAAUGAUUACCAGUAUAUAAUCAUAAUCAUUUUUGUGUCACAAUACUUUAAUUGAUUUACUUAAGCAUUGAACUGCUUUUGUAUGGUAGUUAUGAUCUAUUUGAAUGACACAGCUUUGCAA